AACUCGCUCUCUAGAUCAGGCUGUCCUCAAACUCAGAAAUCUGCCUGCCUCUGCCUCCCAAGUGCACCACCACUGCCCAGCAAGCUUACUGUUCUUUAUGUGUUGUAAACUGUGGCACGGUUAUGAUUUUGCAAAUACCAAAAGCAUCAAAAAGUAGCUCAAAUUUCCCCAAAGGAAAAGUUAGUGGAAGCUGCCUAAGGAAACAGACUCCGGUCCACUGAGAAGUUGAGUAUUUUUGCGGAAAACAGGGUGUUUCUCUAUACCUUGCGUCGACUGCCUUUCCUUGGAGUAUUGUAACAGGAUGUCUGCACAGUCAGUGGAAGAAGACUCAAUACUUAUCAUCCCAAAUCCAGAUGAAGAAGAAAAAAUUCUGAGAGUGAAACUAGAGGAGGAUCCUGAUGGUGAAGAGGGAUCGAGCCUUUCCUGGAACCAUCUCCCUGACCCGGAGGUUUUCCGGCAGCGGUUCAGGCAGUUUGGAUACCAGGAUUCCCCAGGACCUCGGGAGGCAGUGAGCCAGCUCCGGGAACUCUGCCGCCUCUGGCUCAGGCCUGAGACGCACACAAAGGAGCAGAUACUGGAGCUGGUUGUUUUGGAGCAGUUUGUUGCCAUCCUACCCAAGGAGCUACAGACUUGGGUUCGAGAGCAUCACCCAGAGAAUGGAGAGGAGGCAGUGACUGUUCUAGAGGACUUGGAGAGUGAACUUGAUGACCCUGGACAGCCGGUUUCUCUCCGUCGGCGAAAACGGGAAGUGCUUGUAGAAGAGAUAGCAUCUCAGGAAGCCGCUCAGGGAUUACCAAGUUCGGAGCUUGAUGCUGUAGAGAACCAGCUCAAGUGGGCAUCCUGGGAACUCCACUCACUGAGGCACUGUGAUGAUGACACCACGACAGAAAAUGGAGCGCUGGCUCCAAAGCAGGAGAUGACUUCAGCUGGAGAGUCUCACGAAGUCCCUGGCACUCUCAAUAUAGGUGUUCCCCAGAUUUUUAAAUAUGGAGAAACCUGUUUUCCCAAGGGCAGGUUUGAAAGGAAGAGAAAUCCUUCUAGGAAGAAACAACACAUAUGUGACGAAUGUGGGAAACACUUCAGUCAGGGCUCGGCCCUCAUUCUUCAUCAGAGAAUCCACAGUGGGGAGAAACCGUAUGGAUGUGUUGAAUGUGGAAAAGCCUUUAGCAGAAGCUCCAUCCUUGUGCAGCACCAGAGAGUCCAUACUGGAGAGAAGCCCUACAAAUGUCUCGAAUGUGGGAAAGCCUUUAGCCAGAAUUCUGGGCUCAUUAAUCAUCAGAGAAUCCACACUGGGGAGAAACCUUAUGAAUGUGUUCAGUGUGGGAAGUCCUAUAGUCAAAGCUCAAAUCUUUUUAGACAUCAGAGAAGACACAAUGCAGAAAAACUUUUGAAUGUUGUGAAGGUUUAAGAAAUUAGGAGGAACCAAUCAGCACUCAGGUCUUUUUCUUCAGAAAUGAAGACAAAAUUAAAAACAUGAAGAUAUGUGGAAACUAUUUUUCCCUGUUGACUGGGAAAAUCCACUGGGGGGAAAAGUCUUCAUUUACCAUUAUUAUCUUGAAAGAAAUGGUGUUAUACCUACCUAGAAACUGAAAUUUUAAAUAAUUCAGGUGUUAAUACCUAAAUUUUCCAUGUGAUGUUUAUAUUCUCUUUUUUUCUCCCCAAGUAAUGAGCUACCUGUUCUUUGUCCCUUUCCUUUUUCAGACAGCUACUUUAUUUCUGUGUUGGUCAUUGGAGUGUUGUUCUGUAAGGGUGCGCACCCUUUUAUUUUAAAAGGUAACACAGGAAUUGUAAAAUCUAAAAGCCCAUCUUCAAGAUUUAGAAACAUCCUUGAGAGCUUAGUUUCCUUUUGUUCAGGAUGAGUAUAUUUGAGAAAAUAGAAGAUAAAGGCCAAAGCCUCAGAGUCAGUAAGCCUUAAGAUCUCAUGAGAGAUGGUAGCAAAACUGCAAAGAGUGGAGGGACACACGGGAGUUAUCAAGUGAAGCACGUCACGUAGGUACAGUUGUCCUGUACGAAAACUUGAAAAGAAAAGUGAUUUUACCUAACUUGUGGGAAUAUUACUAAUUAAAAUGGUUUUCCUGUGUAAAAAGACAGUUGUAAAAGUGAUGGUAAAUCAGACACUAAGGAAGAGUAUAGUGAUGUUGAAAGGCAAAUGUAAAAUAAGGUAAUUAUAUGACAUGGCUUUUAGAAAAACUCAAACAUCUAACUUGUUUUGCCUCAUUCUAGUUCAGGACAGGACAUUCCUUGAUGGGGUGGAUAACAAUAUCAGGUUUGCUAUUUUUAUUCCUUUGGUACAAAAGGGUUUAACACCAGGCUAAAACAGCCAUACAUUUACUAUGAAAAAUUUCUACCGACAAUGCACUGUGCUAGAUACUGUAAGCCUGCCGUAAGUAGGUGGGUAUCUGUUCCACUCUAAGUCAUAAGGGUUUUCCCCAUCAGCAUUCCCAGGUCACCUCUGAGAGCCCCAGAGUUGUAGUUCUCUUGCCAGUGUGUUGUGUUUGGAGGGAGACGUUGGCUCAGAGAGCUAGCUGGUCAGCUCUUAGCAUUCUUCAGAGGUGAGUGCAAAACACACUCUUUUAGUUUGAAAGUUAAUGAAUCUUAAAAAUCCAAACAUCAUUUCUAGUAGCAUUGUGGUUGUAACUACAUGUUAAAUGGACCGUCCUUUAAACAACUAAGCUAUUAAUAACUAGUUUAUUAACUGUCAGAAUUGAUUGUUUUAAUUUACAGUCUUAACACAUUUUUUAAAAAAUGUAUUGAAAGUAAUACAUUUUAGUAGUAGGAUUCUGUAUGCCUUGGCUAAGAAUCCAAGUACUGUGGUUCUACUGUUCGAUGAAAAACUCUAGAUGUUAAAGCAUUGGGUAAGAGAAGAGGCUUUUUUAUGUAGUAAGACAGGCAUUGCUACAUGGGAAAUUAUCCAUGCAAGUACAGAUAUUUCAUAGUUCCAGUGAUUUGGGUCAUAUCUGGUGCUUAGUCAAAUUUUAACGUGGAAAGUGAGAUUUUUGCCUGAGCCUGUUGAAAAGCAGUAAUAAAUGCCAUGCAGCUGGUGAAGUGAGGUCGAAUGAAGCUUGUUGAUGAUUUUCUGAUAACAAUUAUAAGAAAUGUGCUUUAUAGAUUAAGAUUUAUUGAAGUAUAAAUAUGUAGUAAUGCUAUAAUGUAUUUUUAAGUUAUACAAGAACAUGUAGGACUUUUGUUUGGGUUUUUCUCUGUGGCUGAGAGGAAACAAGUUAAUGUCCAAUAAAGCUACAAACUACUCUGCUCUAAGGCAAAGUAGCUUGGAAUUGCCUGCCUUACUUAUUAAUAACUGCCUUCUUUCCCAGUAGGAUUUUGAGGUGGCACAUCGAUACAAAGCCUGCAGGAAUGACAGAACUCUUAGGGUAGGUAAAGGGGGGAUAACCUCUGGGUGGAAUGUCAGUCUUAACAAUUUUAGAAUAGGAAGGCCAAAGCUGCUUAAUGACGUGAAAGCACAGAGUGUAGCAUUAGAGUUGGUGAAUGUGUGAGGUCUGUCUGCUCUGACACUGUGUUCCUUUUGAGAAGGAAGCUCAGACAAGGCUCUCUGAGGAGAGGGGACUGGGCUAAAACCCUGGUGGUAUACAGGAAAAGGAAGUGAUGGAGUCUGUAUUUAACUGACUCUGCUUAAGAAAUUAAUUUAUAGUUAGUGAUUGCUGACUUCAAACCUAUCCUCUCACACAUAUUUUGGGGGUACACAGUAAUGACGUAGGCUUGUAGCAAGUGCCAAGCAGUGGCCGAGCUAGCACCUUUCUGGCUAGCAGUUCUGUUAAGGCAUGCAUACUAACUGACCCAACAGUCUGUUUGGUGGCUUUUAGUGAUUUUAAAUAAUCACAUCUAGUUAUGUUUGACCAUUGCAGCCUAUCUUAGAUCUGUGUGAGUUUAGGGGAUGUUUUCUAUACUGAAACAAUGUGCUUGCUAAGGAUGGGAUUGGAAUACCUAAUCUCACCUAGAUCUUUGGACUAGAAAAACAAGACCCAAAGAUCACAUGACUUGGACUUGGCAGGGCUAAAACUCCCAAGGCCAGGUUUUUUGAUUGGUCUGUGGAGAGUGAUGGUAUUCAAGUCCUGCUUAGUAAGCACUACAUCUUUUUUUUUUUUGGUAAACAAACUUGAAAAGCUAUUAUAUAUGCCCAUUUGAAUUUUUCACAAUGCAAAAACAAAAGAUGAAAAAGGCAUCAGAUUUAGCCAGAAAUAGUGGUAAUCCGGUUUAUUAUCCUUCCAGACUUAACUCUGUACAUGUUUAAGCAAACAUCUUUUAAAAUAAUAGCUGACCUUUGGAGUUCAGUACAGGCACCCACUCCAGAGCGUUACUGUGCUUUAACCCUCUGUAAACCUGAGGUAGUAACAUAUCUCCAUUGCACAUCUGUACUGAGACUUGCUUUCACUCCUCACACUGAUGUGGACAUUUUCAUAGCUGCAUAGUAUUCCAUUGCAUGAAAACACUCAUUGUCCAUCUAAGCAACCCCAUAGUGAUGGGUUAGUAGGUUCUUUAUACAUAAUAGCUAGGGCUAACAUCUAUAGACAUAAAUUUACUACCUAUGUAGUUGUGUCUGUAACACAAAUAACUAGAAAUGGAUUUAUUGGCUCAUAUAAUAUAUAUUUGACAUUUUUUGGGGGGGGACUACAACCUGUACCAAUAACUCCAUUGGUAGUAAUGCUUGUUUGUGUAACUCCUGUCAGUGCUGCUCAUCGUAGAGGUCAGUUCUUUUCUUCAUUCUUUUGUUGUACCUUUAUUAUUAAGAUUGAACAUUUUUUGUUCAUUGGCUUUUUUAUGUCCUCGUCUGGCCUUGCUCAUUUCUUUUCUUUGUUUUAAUUAUAAAAGUAUAAAUUACUACAGUUAACACCAUACAAAAGGUGUUAAGAGUAGAGACCAUUUUCUUCAGGGCUUCUGGUUGGUUCCACUUUCCAGUGUACUGUAUAUCCAGGAACAGUUUCUACACAUUUCCAUGUGAAUAUGCAGAAAUGUGGACACCUUUUAAAUAGGCAGGAUUAUAUAGGAUUUUUAAGAUAUCUUUGUAUUAAAUAUUCUGGUAAUUAAAUUCCAGGGUUAGCUAUUAAGACACUCUACUUAUUCAUCAGUGUAAUCUUCACCAACUCUGAUAAGUGCUCAUUUCCUCACAUAGCCUUACCUACACUUGAUAGUCCCUAUCUGUUUGGGACAAGUAUAGAGAAAAGAGAAACUGUCCUUACUUCCAUUUCCCAGAUGAAUAGUGAAGUUGGAGUUCUUUACGAUUCCCUGAGGGUUGGUUGGUCAUUCGAAGCUUCUACCGCUUUUGUAUUGGGUUAUGUAUGGGUGUCUGUUCUGUAUUUCUCCCCUCAUUUAUGGUAACAGUAUCCGUAUAUAUUGUGGUAACCCAUCCCAUAAGGCUUUGGUGAGCACACAAGCAGGCCUGGCAUGAGCCAUACAGCAUCCUAACCACAGAGGUUAGAGAGUAGGCAUACAGUUUAAAGAAGGCUAGGGAGAGUGCUCAACAACUGCAACCACUGGCAAGAAGGUUUUGGAGACACUGGAGACCUAAGGAUGAUGUGAGCCUGCAUUCUUACUAUGUGGAGAAAAAACUGGAGGAAAAAUUCAGGCCAGCAGGGAUGUUGAGAAAAAAGUUCUGAUAUUUUUCUGGGGGCCCUAGAUCCAGAUGUGCCUAAAGCCUGCCCUACCUCUGGACUUAAAGUUUUUUGAGCCAAUAAAGUCCCUUUCUUGUUUAAGAUAAUUGUAUUUGGCUUCUGUCCUGAUUAAUAUAUAGGGUAUUUUGUAUUUUCUUACUGACUUAUAGUAAACCUUUGUAAUUUUAAAUUAUAGACUUCAUGCAUUAUAUAAGUUAAUAAAACUAGCAUGGCCUUCUCUGA